GAAUUCGUUGAUUCUAAGAUUUUAACGGAGAAAGUGUUGCGAGUUUUAAAAGAAAAGUGAAAGCAAAAGCUUGAAAAAAAAAGAAUUUUUACUCCAGUCUGGAGGGGAUUUUAUUGAAUGUUGAUUCGGCAAAUCAAAAUAUUUCAUCACUUUUGAUGCAUUUUAGUGUUAUAAAAUAACCAAAUGAUUUUGUCAUCGUAACCGAACUGUUUCGUUCGUAUAUUUUGUUCUUAAAUUGUAUAGUUUCGGCUUCGUGACCUUCUAUAUAAUUCACUUUUUGUUUGGGGAUAUUUAGCGUUUCAUGGUCACUCUAUUUUUCGCUACAACCGUGCAAUGUUUUGAUGUGAAUUGUUGCGUUAGAUGAAAUUAUGUAGACUCGUUGCAAAUUGUACAAAUUAAACUCGCAUCUUAAACAAAACAAACGACGACCUCACAAUGCAGUCCCAAGAAAAAUCUCAGCCUACUUCAUCGUUGGCACCGAUGGCUGAUACAAUCACCAGUUCACCAAUCAUAUCGAUUGACUAUACGAGCAUCCGUUCGAAAACGGUUCUCAUCAGUCCCACAGAAGAACAAUUUGAGUUACUUAAAAAGCGUCUGCAAGAUCGCAUCGACGACAGCCGAGGUGAAACAAUCUAUGAUGUUGGAAUCGGUGAAGAUGGAGGUGACAAUGGACUCGAUCCUGAAGAAUAUGAGGCUGCUGUAGCCACUUUACAAUCAUUAGCUGCCACCCUUGACGCCGAUUGCGUUGAGCUCCGGCAGCGUAAAUCAGAAAAAGGUAUGACCGGUCAAUACUUGGUACGACGCCGUGUGGAUCAAACCGAUUUUAUGGAAAUUCGCGUUGCUGUGGUUGGAAAUGUAGACGCUGGCAAAAGUACACUACUUGGUGUACUGACACAUAGUGAAUUAGAUAACGGACGCGGCCACGCAAGACAGCGACUAUUUCGACAUAAACACGAAAUGGAAAGUGGACGAACGAGCUCCGUUGGAAAUGACAUUUUGGGCUUCGACAGUGUGGGCAAUGUGGUCAAUAAACCAGAUCAUGGAACGUUGGAUUGGGUUAAGAUUUGCGAGAAAAGUGCUAAAGUUAUAACGUUCAUCGAUUUGGCCGGACAUGAACGAUACUUAAAAACCACCGUAUUCGGGAUGACAGGACACGCUCCAGAUUUUGGGAUGUUGAUGAUUGGUGCUAAUGCGGGUAUUGUUGGAAUGACAAAAGAGCACUUGGGUCUAGCCCUGGCAUUGUCGGUUCCAGUGUUUGUGGUUGUGACAAAAAUUGACAUGUGUCCUCCGAACGUUCUUCAAGACAAUCUGAAGCUAUUGUUCAAAAUUCUAAAGUCACAAGGAUGCCGUAAAGUUCCAGUAAUGGUCAAAACAGCUGACGAUGUGGUUCUUUCAGCGACAAAUUUUGUGUCGGAACGGCUGUGUCCAAUAUUUCAAGUGUCUAAUGUUACCGGCGAAAAUUUGGAUCUCCUCAAAAUGUUCCUCAAUUUGUUGACAACGCGCGUCACUGGUUUAGAUAAUCUACCAGCUGAGUUUCAGAUCGAUGACACUUACUCAGUACCAGGUGUGGGCACCGUUAUUUCCGGCACUUGUCUGCAAGGAAUUAUUCGGUUGAAUGAUAUACUCUUAUUGGGUCCAGACCCGCUGGGGCACUUCACACCGAUUGCUAUUAAAAGUAUUCAUCGCAAACGGAUGAAUGUUUCAGAAGUGCGUGGCGGUCAAACAGCAAGCUUCUCACUGAAAAAGAUUAAGCGGUCGCAGAUCCGAAAAGGUAUGGUUAUGGUCGCUCCAGAAGUGAAUCCUCAAGCCUGCUGGGAAUUCGAAGGAGAAAUUCUUGUAUUGCAUCAUCCCACCACCAUUUCAUCACGUUACCAAGCUAUGGUGCAUUGCGGAAGUAUCCGACAGACCGCAUCAAUCUUGAACAUGUCAAAAGAAUGUCUGCGGACCGGCGAUAAGGCUCAAGUUCGGUUCCGAUUCAUCAAGCAUCCAGAAUACAUUCGUCCCCAGCAGCGUAUGGUCUUCCGUGAAGGGCGUACGAAAGCUGUCGGUAACGUGUUACGACCAUUGCCAACGUCAAUUGUAACACAGGGUCGCGCCAAGCCAACAAAAAUGCAAUCACGCGGUCAGAGCCAACAACAGAAUCAACAAAAUCAAAAUCCGAACAUUCAAAAUGAAUGUUCGCAGGAAGAUGCGUUGAGCGGAAAGGUUGAGAGUGUGCUGGACAUCGGCACCGACAAACGAGAUCUUGCAAGUCAUCAGCGAAACAACGCUACCAAACGACCGAAACGACCAAUUGUAAAGACAUCAACUUCGGCACAGCCCAUUCAAACCAUUUCCACAAAGGUCCAGUGAGUUUAAAUGUUGUAAAAUUUCAGAUUUUCUUUUUUAAUUUAUUGAUCGAAAAAAGUGAAGAAAAAAAAUAUUUUUGCCAGUGAUGGCAUGGUGUGGUAUUCAGUACCACAUCACUGGAAAUGUAAAAAAUAAAAAUAAAAUAUUUUACCAGUCAGCACAGCGACUAAUCGUUUGGUACAAAUAAAAGAGCUGGU